GUAAAUACAUGUAGUAGUUUGGAAUUAACACAAAAUAAUGAAAAUUAUUUCAUAAUAUUUCAUUCACAAAGUUCAUCAAUACAUUUAAAAUAUGUGUGAUGUUUGUUCAGACUUCCUACAGCUGCUAGUGUCAUAUGAGACCCAAUUUAGCAUAGAAACUGAAGAGCAUCCACAGCUCACGAAGUUUGACAUCUCAACAUUGUUGUUAUACGUACAAACAUGGCCAGCAAGACAAUGUAUGUGUUGUUAUCGUGAUUUUAAGAAUUUAGAACGGUUUAGUUUAAUCACACAAGGCAUAAUAUGUCUGUGUGUACAUCAUUUAAAAAAUUUACGUGCAACACUAACUGAUAAUGGCAAAACAAACACAACAAAAGGUGAUGCAGAUGAAAAAACUUCAGAACCAGAUGAAAAAGAUGAAUCAAUUGAUGAUUCAUCGGAAAUUACAAGCUUACAAGAUAAAGAGAAAUUAUUUCAUCUGGUAUCAAAAAUAUUUCUAAUGAAUUUUCCAUUGUAUGUGGCCAGUAAACAUACAGUACAAACUAAAUUGGAAGAGGUUACAUCAAUGGAAUUAACAAGUUUAAAUGCGUUUUGUGAUUUACAUGAUCAGGAAAUUCCAAUAUAUUUAUUACGUAAUGUUACUUUGUUUUGUAAAUCGGGAGGUUUACAUGCAAUGACAUUAUGUUUUCAACAUUUAAUACCAGAAGUAUUACCGGUAUCUACUGCGCAUGCUAUCAUCGCUAUUGUUUGCAAUUUAAAAUUAUGGCUAAAUUUCAAAACAACUUUACAAUUGCUAGUACCUUUAAGAUCGCGGGUACUGAGAUAUAUGUGUCGGUUAGCUGAUUCAGAGCUUCGAACUCCGGCAAUCAAAAGCAUGGCAGACUUUAUGUGGAGUGCAAUCAAAGAUCCAUUAGAUAUGCCAUUGGGUUUGGAUAGCGAUGGUUUAGAUUUAGCGUUUAAAUAUUUUACAUCGAGUACAUUAACAAUGCGAUUAGCUGGUAUUGCACAAAUUAAUAGUCAUAUUGGAUUGUUGGCUGAAUUAUGUGGGAAUAGUGGGGCACAUACACAUGAUAUUUCAUUAUCAUCAGAUGCAGUGGAUUCAGCACCACGCAGCAUGGCUGAUUGGCUGAUAAAUAACAAUAUUAUAUCUCAUAUAUUUGGUCCAAAUUUACAUGUUGAACUAAUAAAACAAAGCCAUAUAAUUUUAAAUUUUCUGGCAAUGGAAGGACGAAUUACGACUGAAUAUUUAGAUAUUAUAUGGGCGGCAGCACAGUUAAAACAUUGUAGUAAACCAGUACAUGAUUUAUUACCAAGUUUAAUCAAACAUUUAUCAGUGGCUGCAGCUUUACAUUUAUAUAAUUUAUUAACAAAACUAGAAACACGUGAACAUACUGAACAGACAUUGUAUUUAGCAUCCGCUUUAAUUAAAUUUAUAUGGACACGUAGUGGGGCAAGUUCAGCGGGAGCAUCCACAUCUGAUCCAUCACAUAUUGGCUUUGUAUCAAGUUCAUCGGCAAUUGGAUUGCAUAAGUGUGCAAGCUCAUCAGAAAAUAGUGUUAGUAUAGACGGAAGUAAUUCGGAUGAAGAACAGGGUGAAACAUCGGCACAAAGUGAAAGCCAUAAGAGUGGAACAGAAGCUGAAGAAGAAGAGGAAGAUGAAGAGGAAGAAGAGGAUGAAGAUGAUGAAAUGUUAGAAAUUGAUCGGGAAGGGCCUACCCCUUGUAAACAAGCUCGUACACAACAUGCAACUUUUGAACCAGGAACACCAAGGGAAGAUAUAUCUAUUGAAAAGAAGGGAAUUUCCGGAACCAAAGGAUCGUCAAUCAAAAAGAAAAUACCAAUUGCGGAUGAAGCAAUAGUCCAAACAGAAAAUGUGAAUGUAUUAUCAGCAAAUUUACCAGAAGGUGUUGAAACAAUUGCUUCAAGUAGUUCAGCUGAUGAGGAGGAAAUUCAUCACACGCAUAUGAUGAAAAAGAGACAUAUGCGACAAAAAUCAUUAAAAUGCAAACGACCAGAUGAUAGUAUUCGUAUGCACCGAGAUUGUAUUGAUUUAUUACCGGAGGGUGAUGAAAGUGAUACAGAAACCAAACAUUUAAAACGGUUAGCUCGUGUAAAAUCACGAUCAAGACUGCGACGAGAACCUUUAGUUUCUGUAUACGUUGGUGAUAGUUCAUCAGGAAGUGAAAAUGGUAAAGCUUUAAUUCGUUCAAUUGGACCUCGUGCACCAUCUUGUCAACCGUUUAUACCAGAUUUAGAUGUUCCUCGAGAUGAGCAUUUAUUAGAAUUAUUAAGUGGGGAUGAAAUUGAAGGUGAUGGAGAUGGUAGUUAUUCAUCACGCAUGAGCAAUAAAUCUGAAAAGAACAUGGGUGAUUUUGAUGGUGAAGAAUCAGUUUGUGAUGAAGAACUUGCGCAGCUAGCUGCACAGACUCGAGAACCAGCACAAUGUCUAGGUUUGCAAGCGCAUGACAUAGAAAAAUCACCAGCUUGGACAGAUCCACGUUUAUCAGCAACAUUCAAAAUUGAUAAUGUUUGUCAACCAGGAAAUACCCUAUUAUGGGAUUUAUUACAGGAUAAUAAAAUUAAUCAAUUAGGUGAAGGAUUAGCGUUAGAAGCUGAGAAAGCUUUAUGUAAUUUAUUAUGUUAUAAUACAGAACGGAUCAUUCGAAUGAAAUUUAUUGAGGGUUGUUUGCAAAAUCUUGCGAAUAAUUGGUCAGUGGUAAUAUCAUUACGAAUAUUACCAAAAUUAUUAGCAUCAUUUCAACAAUUUCGCGGUUUAGACACACAUCAUGUGACACAUUGGGCAGAUAAACAACAUAAUAUGAUGUCACAUUUUUUUAAUAAUCUCAAAGCAUAUACAAAUUCACGUCGAUCUAAAUCGGCCAACACUCAACAACAACCUAGUCCUACAAGCAACUUAUAUACACACCAAAUGGAAGUACAAGUUCGUUUACAUUUUUUAUCUGCCGUAUAUUCUCCGUUAGGAUCACCGAAAACUUUUAAAUUAAGUGUGGAACAAGUUGAUACAUUAUGGCAAUGUUUGGCACAUGAUAAUGAGUGUAGUGAUGAGUUGUUUAGCUGGUUGUUGUCACAAGCGAAAAGUGGAGAUCAACAUGCACUUGGGUUAGAGGCAAUGAAACGAUUGUACUUAACCCAUUUACCGACACUGUCACCGGAAAGUAUCAGUCCAACUUGUUUGGCACUAUUUCAACAGCUUUGUAAUCUAGCACGAAAUAAUUCAUCGAACAUCAGUAAUAAUACCCAACAACUUGGGGAAGUACUCGGGAUGGAUUAUUUGUGGAAAGUAGCUUUACGUGCGAAUAACACAGAUGUUAGCAUGGCUGCGAUACAGUACUUAAAUAAUUAUUAUCUAGGACAACGAUUACAGCAUGAAUCAGAAUUUGUAUCUCAAUGUAUGAUACAUUUAGCUACAGCUGUCAAAGACUUAACAUUACCGACUCCAAGUGAAGACGCUCCAUUAUUGCGAAUUCAAAGAGCACUACUUCUUUUAAAAACACAUUUGGAUACAUUUCGACGAAAAUAUGCCUAUCAUUUACGACGAUGGCUUAUCGAAGGACAAGGUAUUGGAUCUCAUGGUGCACUAGAGCGUCCUGGUACACCAAUACGAAUUUUAGUACAAUUAGCUGGUAUGUCAGAACGUACCCCAAUCGAUUUGUUAAGUAUAAAUUAUGUAGCAGAAUUACGAGCUGAAGCGACAUAUGUAUGGGAAUCUAUGCAUUCCAAAGCAACAUCAUCAUCGUCUCAAACAGAGGGAAGUGGGGUGUUAGGUUCAUUAUUACAUGAUGGACCAAUUCGUAUGAUCACCCAAGGACAAGAGUUAACAACAGAUUUCGAUGAGAAAACGUUACAAGAACUUGGUUUUAAGGAUAAUCAAAUGAUUUUUAUAUCAAUUGGAGCAAAUCGUUCCGGUCAUCGUAAACGAGAUUCUGUUGAACCGUUAUCCUUACAACAACCUCCACCUAGAGAUUCAGUUCCAAUGUUGUUACUGCUCAGACCAACUUACUUUGAACAACUUUUCGAUCUAAUGCACACACUUAGUGGUAUGAAAGUUCAAGUGAAAGGGGGCAACGAUCAACCGCAUACUAAAGCUCAAGUAUUAUCCAGACGAGUUUGGGAUAUUCUAACAAUGAUACCAACAAGUCCUACUUUAUUAAAAGGAUUCCAACAGUUGGAUACACCUUUGGAAAAUUUAUUAAAUCCAACAAGUCCGCAAAAAUUAAUGUACUCACUUCAUAUAGCAGAAUCUUUAGGAUCAAGACGAAAUUUAGGUGCAAAUAGUACUGAAUCUAAAGAAAUAACACCAUCAACGAGCAAACAAAAUUGGAGUAACGUAUUUCGACAAAAUGGUGGUUUACGCCAUCUAUUUGAUAUAUUUAUGUCAGGCGUGUUACAACGUAGCAGUAACGGGGAUGAAAGUGAAUGGCUUCAAGAUUGUUUAGCAAUGCUGUUAAAAUUACUCAGUCAACUUGGUGUUCAUAAUCCAGAUAUUCAAUCAAAAUCGAAAUCAGAUAAAUUAUUAAUACCAACCUUAAACGAAGAUAUGUUACAUUUAAUGAAUGUUCAAACGACAAUGUCACGUUUAAUGAGUAUUUUGUACGAGGCAUCUUUGCCACGGGAUCCAAAUCAUUAUAAAACAGGAUUUUGGGGUCGAUCACAGGUUGUUCAUUAUGCGAUGACGCUGUUGGUAUCAUGGUUACAUUGUUGUGAAGAAGCACGACAGUGUUUCUUUCGAACAUCGCAAUAUGAUUCAUGGUUGGAGCGAUUAGUAUUGGAUGAACCUGAACCAAAUGUGCGACGUGAGGUUUGUGCAGCGCUUUAUCGAUUAUGUUUGGGUACAACAUCACAGGAUGGCGAUACUGGUAUAAGUUUAGCUGCUCCUAUGUUGAAUGCAUUACUUGUGUAUUUACCAAAAGCUGAAACGAUGAGAUUGCAAAAACAAGAGAUGUUACAUCAUGAUGAUGGUAAAGAACCAUAUGGACCUGCUUGUCGUGAUUAUUUUUGGUUGAUUUGUCGAUUAGUUGAUGGCCUACCUACAGAAAGUACUAAAGAUGUCCAAGAAGAUAAUUCACCAGAUCAAGUUGAUAUAGAUGCCUUAUGUAAAAAAGUUAGUGAAUCCAUUAUGAAACGUGACUAUCUGGAAGAAAGACUUCGUACCGUUGAGGAUGAUGGACUUAUUGGUUUAUUGAAUUUUAUGGCUAAUUUGUUAAAACAUAAACCACCGUUUCAAGCGAGUAAAGAUGGAAAACAAUUGUUGAUUGAAGUUUUUGAAUAUUUAUUUGCAUUACCAACACCACGCCAACGGCAAGUUCCUAAAUGUAAAUCUACAGGUGCUCGAGCUGCAGCAUAUGAUUUACUUGUUGAACUUGUGAAAAGUGCUCCUGAAAAUUAUGAAUUAUUACACGACAAAUUAUUAGCACAACAUAAACCAGGUCCGCAUUCCCCUUACCCAUGGGAUUAUUGGCCACAUGACGAUGGUAGAUCCGAAUCUGGUUACGUUGGAUUAACAAAUUUAGGUGCAACAUGUUAUAUGGCAUCAUGUAUGCAACAUUUGUAUAUGAUGCCACAAGCAAGAGCCUCAAUACUGUCAGCAGAUUGUACGAAUAGUAAACAUGAGCCCACGUUACGUGAAUUACAACGAAUGUUUGCUUACUUAUUGGAAAGUGAACGUAAAGCAUAUAAUCCAAGAAGUUUUUGUAAAGUCUACACAAUGGAUCAUCAACCAUUAAAUACGGGUGAACAAAAAGAUAUGGCAGAAUUUUUUAUUGAUCUAGUGAGUAAAUUAGAAGAAAUGACACCAGAAUUAAAAAAAGUAGUGAAAACUUUGUUUUGUGGCAUACUAAGUAAUAAUGUAGUGUCUUUAGACUGUCAGCACGUGAGUCGAACAUUAGAAGAAUUUUAUACAGUGCGUUGUCAAGUUGCUGACAUGCGAAAUUUAUACGAAUCUUUGGAUGAAGUUACAGUGAAAGAUACAUUAGAAGGUGAUAACAUGUAUACAUGUUCACAGUGUGGGAAAAAAGUACGAGCGGAAAAACGUGCGUGUUUUAAAAAACUUCCACGCAUACUGUGUUUUAACACAAUGCGAUACACGUUCAAUAUGGUGACAAUGUUAAAAGAAAAAGUUAAUACUCAUUUCUCAUUCCCUUUACGAUUAAAUAUGGCCGGUUACGUCGAAAAACAAUUAAUGCCACAACAAUAUCAAGAGGAAAAGGAAAAAGAUGGUGGUAAUACAUCGGAGUCGGAUACAAAAGAACAUUAUGAGUACGACUUAAUUGGGGUAACUGUUCAUACAGGAACCGCUGAUGGGGGACAUUAUUAUAGUUUUAUUAAAGAUCGAAGUUCGAGUGCGCGUGAUAAAUGGUUAUUAUUCAACGAUGCUGAAGUUAAACCAUUCGAUCCGAAUCAAAUUGCGUCUGAAUGUUUUGGUGGAGAAAUGACAAGUAAAACUUACGACUCAGUCACGGAUAAAUUCAUGGACUUCAGUUUUGAGAAAACAAACAGUGCGUAUAUGUUAUUUUACGAGUACAGUCAAAGAAGUAAUUCACCUAGUGAGUGCCCUCCUUCAACUGCUUUGGGCUACACAGGUACUGAAGGUGGAGAAAAUUCAACAUCUCAAGGUAAUUCGUCAGAGACAACGAUUGAAUUAAAUAAGGAAUUAGAAGAAUGGAUUUGGAAAGACAAUAUGCAUUUUAUUCAAGAUAAAAAUAUCUUCGAGCACACAUAUUUUAAUUUUAUGUGGCAAAUGUGUGGUUAUAUACCACAAACGUUGUUACAUCUAAAAUCCGAUGUAACUCAACAAGCGGCACAAUUAUCUACGUCAUUUUUUAUGGAAACAUUUAUACAUGCCAAAGAGAAACCAACUAUGGUCCAAUGGGUGGAAUUAGUAACGAAACAAUUUAAUGCAUGUCAAGAGGCGUGCGAAUGGUUUUUAGGACAUAUGGCAGCGGAUACAUGGUGGCCUAUACAAGUAUUAAUUAAAUGCCCGAAUCAAAUGGUUCGACAAAUGUUUCAAAGACUGUGUAUUCAUGUGAUACAACGACUGAGACAAAGUCAUGCUCCACUGUAUUUAUUAACUGGUAAUGAUAACUGUGAUAAAAUUGAUAAUAAUGUGUCGUCACCGGAUCCUGAACAAAUUGGUAACAAAUCGUGUGUCACGAAAUUUGUGAAAUCGUUGUUAUCGUUAAUGGAACAUGGUGCCAAAGCACAUUUAAAACAUUUGACUGAAUAUUUUGGUUUUCUUUAUGAGUUUUGUCGAAUGGGUGAUGAAGAAACGAAAUUUUUAUUAUCUGUACGAGCGAUACAUUCUAUGGUGAACUUUUAUUUGGGACAUAAAGCACAUGAUUUUGUUGAUGAAAGCGAUGGCGAGGAUGAUGAAGAAGUGAUUGCUUUACCAACUGAUAAAUAUAAACCAGCUUCAUUAGAUAAAAUGAUAGCUUUAAUAGCCAUGAUGGUUGAAAAAUCACGCGAUUCAAAUCAAAGAUUGGUUUUAUCUACUCAAGAUUACGCGGCAAUAGCGGGUGGUAAAGGUUUCCCAUUUUUAUAUCAACAAAUAAAAGAUAACAUUAAUCUACAACAGACCAGAAAUUUAAUACAUUCAUUAUGUCGUGGUAAUGAACGAUUAGCUUCAUUAUUAGUAAAUAUGCUCGCGCAAGCAAUUAGUCGUCAUCCAGAGUCAUGUCAACCGUUUUUUAAACUAUUAACACUUUUAACUGAAAGUAACAACAAUAAUAAUUCAAAUAACAGCAACAAUACACUAAAUUCAGCUAGUGGAUCGAGUGGGUUACCAUGUUUCACUCAAUUAGUACUUCAACGUGUUUGGGAAACAGCAGAAUGUUGUCCACAUUCAGCACUAGAUUGGCUAUCGGUGCAGGUUGCUCGUAGUAAAUUAGUACAUCAAUGGGUAUUACAAAGUGUGGAUCAAUGGUUAGAACAUUUUCUUAUAGGACAUUCCAAUCAAAGAGUUCGCUCAGCGGCUGCAUUUUUAAUGGUUUCAUUAAUUCCAAGCUCCAAUUUUCGACAAGGAUUUAGAGCACGUGGAACUAGAGGUGAACCAGUAUUAACACCGGAGGCGUUGGCCGUCUUACAUCAAGUUUAUACCACUUUAUUAAGACUGUUGGGGCCUGCUAAACAUUAUACCGAUAUUCAAACACAUGGUACAAACAAAUUAACGGCAUAUUUUGCUCUAUUAACGUACUGUGUAAUUUCGAGGACAGAAAAGUUAAUGUUUGGACAAUAUUUUAUGCAACUAUGGCAUUUAUUUCAUCCAAAAUUAUCUGAACCAUCUGUACCUGCUCAUCAUAAUAAACAAGCAUUACUUGCAUUUUGGCAUCAUGUUUGUACCGAUUGCCCAGAAAAUGUUCAAUUAAUGUUACAUAACGCUCAUGUUACCAAAAAUAUUGCAUUUAAUUAUAUUUUAGCCGAUCACGACGAUCAAGAAGUAGUAAUGUUUAAUAGAGCCAUGUUACCUGCAUAUUAUGGAUUGUUACGAUUAUGUUGUCAACAAUCGCAUACAUUUACACGUCAUUUAGCAUCACAUCAAAAUUUACAAUGGGCAUUUAAAAAUAUUACCCCACAUCCCACUCAAUAUGCUGGUGCGGUAGACGAAUUAUUUAAGUUAAUGGCAUUAUUUGUGAUAAAACAUGCGGAUGCAACUGAACAAGAAUUACGAGAAAUUAAUACUUUUCGACGUAAUACGUUAUCCGUUUAUUUACAGUGUUUAGAAGGACGUACAGGCUGGCCAACAUUAAUAUCAGCAUUUCGAAUGCUUAUUGAUACAGAUGAAGAUCGUCUUUAUGUCUUGUAUAAUGGUGGUCUACAAUUAUUAUUCGAGUCAAUAAUCACUCUACAUGUGAUGUAUCAUGAAGCAACAGCGUGUAACGUACUCAGUGAAUUAUUGGAAUUAUUAUCCAUUUGUUUGGAGUUGGUACGAUGUUUCAGACAAAAUCGUUCUUCCACUGAUGCUUCAAGUACUAGAUCACUAUUGUUAUCGUGUAAAGAUUGGUUGGAAACUUUACGUAAAUUAGCAACUUUAUUAAAUACUUAUAAUCCACCGGAAAUGCGGUCGUUAUGUAUAGAUUUGUUAAAAGAAUUAUGUAUGAUGGCACCAGCUGAUGUAAUGCAAGUACUAGUACCGUUAUUAUCACAUUGUCAUGCAGCAUUUCAAGAUACACAUAAUGCCGUACCAUUAGGUCCAUAUUUUCCUAGACGGGGAAUGGCACCACAGUUCUCAUCGAUUAGUAAAUCUUCUAGGCCGCUGCGACCAAUGGUGCAAAUGGCUGUACCACAUAAUCAAUUAGAAUUAGCAAAGGGUAACGAUCCAGAAUACGAUCGUGCACUUCAACAAUUUUAUGGGCCAUAUCAUGAAUUUAUCGAUGUCUUAUGUCGUGUAGCUGUUAAUAACGAUUGUUUAAAUGAGGUCAUGGUUAGUUUAAGUGCAAUGGUUGGAUUUGAGGCUGUACCACUUCAUUCUACAUAUUUUCCAAAAUUAUGGUUGGAUAUUUUACGUUCGCAGCAUAUUGAUAGAAAAUAUGUUACAAUGUUAACAUCAUGCCAGCAUUAUUUUGUGGAUUACGUCGAAGCUGUUUUGUUGGACGAGCGUGCUGCACUUAGUGUGGAUGUAAUUUUUGAUUUCUUAGUAGCAUAUUUUCCAAAAGUUGCGUCUCAUGUAUUAACUGAACAAAAUUGUAAUCUCAUUGAAAGUUUAGUGAAAUCUUUAGUCCAAACAAUUGAUGAUGUAAAUAUAAAAACAACGGCAUUUCGUUUGGCUGGAGAUUUGAGAGCAUUAUUAUUGGUGUAUAGUGCUGCUCCACAUUUGUUAGUUAAUCAAGCGGCCCGAUUAGUAGCACCUUUACAAACAUUAUCUGAUAAAAUUAGUACUGAAUUAUCAAGUUUGGAUCAACAAGAUUUAAAUACUUCAACACCCUCAAAAAAACGUAAAAGAAAUACAGAAGACACUGCCCAAACAUCAGAAAAAAUGAAUACAACCUCAACAGAAAAUUUAGUUGAAAUUGGUGAAACAUCAACAAGUAAAAAUCCCACAGAAAAGCCCGAAAAUUCCUCGAUAGACAAUAGUGAAAGUGAUGAUAUUAAUAAUAGUAAUAACAAUUUAGAAUCACCAAGUGACAAAGACAGUAACACUGCAACAACAGAGACAACAACAACCGUUGUAACAUCACCAAAAAAAGAAACGACAGAUGUGAGCACAGCAUCAAGUAGUGGAACCAAUAGUAAUAAUACAUCACCGUCAACAACCGUCCCAUUAAUUUCAAAUACCACAACCCCAUUAAUAAAUAGUGCAUCCUCUACUUCGGGUGGUGGUGUGACAUCACCAAAUGAUGAUGUGACAUCAUCAACACAAACAAACAAAAAUAAUAAUAAUAAUAGUAUGGAAGACUCAUCUGAUAAUACAAGUUUUACAUCAGAUGAUAAUAAUUCCGGACCUGAUCGUAAUUUACAUAAUCGUGUUGUAUUUAAUUUAAAAUUAUUACAAUCGGUUAUUAGUGAACUUGUUGUGUUAAUUGAAAAGUGUGAAAAUUUGUAACAAUCAAUUUAAUUUAUUUAAGUUUUUCAUUUUAAUUAAUCAUUCAAAAAAAAACAUAAUACUCUUCUUUUCUUUUCUUCGAAAAUCUUUCAGACGCGGAUCUAGGAUUCAUGAAGAGAAACUACAAUUAAAUAAAAAUAUAUAUUCUCGAAAUACAGCUCCUACAUUAAAUAGUAAGAAAAUACAGUUUAUCCCGUUAAUAAAAAUGAAUUAAAUUUUCUGACAGGCAGGAAGCAGCCAAGUAGAUCCCUUUCCACUUAUCUCCCGCAUAACCGUUCAUAGUCCGCAGAGGUUUGUCUACCACGAUUGGCUUAAUAAAUUUUUAGAAUUUGUAAGGGUCGUUCUGCCGUAAUAUCCUGGUGAAAUGGCUGUCUACAUCCAUUAGUAUCUAUCGAAAUAAGGGGGGGAAAGUACAUAUAAAUUAGUGUUCAAUGUUUUGUUAGUGAGAUUUAACUCGAUUAUAAGGUCUGUUUUUUCGCAAAUAAACCAUAAACAUCACCCUCUUUAUAUGUACUUUUCCCCGUAUUAAAAUCUUUCAAAAAUUUUGAAAUUUUUAUUGACAAAAAACUUUUUUUUUAUAUUAUUUUACGGGUUUGUAUCUCGAAAACAAGAUAUUUUUUUAAACUUUUAAUAUUUUAUUUUAAUUAUAAAUAAUCAAUUUUUUUGAAAUAUUUGACUCAAAGUAAAAUUACAACGCAGUAGGAUAUAAAUUUUAAAAAAGUUUACAAAUAUUUUAUUUAUUCUAACGGUGGUCAUAACUUCUCCCUGGAUCCGCGCCUGAAAUCUUUUUAUAUAUCUCAAUAAUUAGAAAUUUAUGUCAAUACAAUUGAAAAAAAAAUGUAAGGAGAGAAUGUCUGAGGACAGAGUCGUCUUGAA